UGGUAGAGGAGUGGAGACAUGUAAGAAACACGGGCAAACAAUAAGGACAUUUAAACUAAACUGUAGUCAGCUGUAGGUCUACAGGUGUGCUGUUUAUGUUUGUGCUCAUCAGACACGGAAUUCAAGAAGUAACUUUAUAGUUGUUGUGGAUAACAUCGCAGAAAUGUAACUGUUCGGAAGCCUGGACGUUGUGAAUGAACUUCAGAAACUUUUGACAGCUGGUAAAGUGAGUUAAACAUGGAUGGCGUAUAUGUCGUAUGCUGAAAAACAACUACGUCAAGUUAAGUUGUAGUCUAGUCAACAGGACAUUGCACUUUUUACCACUCACACUGUUACAUAAACAACUUUUAUCAAGUGAAGUAGCUGAUGAUGUCAGCAGCAUCAGCAACCGGCUCAUCCCAGCAGCAGCGGGUUAAACACAGCGGCUCCCCGACAGCCUCCUGCUCUCCCUGCACCAACAACAACAACACCGCGGUCCGGUUGCAGCCUAUCCGCGCCACGGUGCCGUACCAGCUUUUGCGUGGAAAUCAGCACAGCCCAACCCGCUCCUCUUCCUCCUCCUUCUCAGUAGCCGGGAGCAACACAGGACCGACGACGUCCCGUUGCUCCAGUCCCACCAACCCGGCUGGAAGCGGCUCGGACAGCAGGCUGUUCCCCAGGCAGACACUCUCACCUCCGGACAACAGGAGCUCACCAGAACGCUCUCCACAUUCUCCCAUUUCCAAAGUUGAAAGGAUCAAAUCACAGCAGGUGCGGAGUUCGGGGGCCAUUCGGCGGACUUCCUCCCUUGGCGCUAUCACAGGGCCCUACCUCACCGGGCAGUGGCCUCGGGACCCUCAUGUGCACUAUCCAUCUUGUAUGAAAGAUAAGUCCACACAGACUCCCGGAUGUUGGAGUGACGAAACAGGAGAGAAGAGGAGCACCCACCAGCGCUCUGCGUCCUGGGGCAGCGCUGAUCAGCUCAAAGAGCAGAUUUGGAAGCUCCGGCAGCAGCUCCAGCGCAGCAAACAAGGAGGACGCCACAGUAAAGACAAGGAGCGACUCUCCCCGCUCCACUACACCAUCACCUACACCCCCCCCACCAGCACCACCAACACCACAUCCAUCACAGCCAGCCACGUCCAGCAGUUUUCCAUGUCGAAGUCGGCCCAGAUGCCGCUGUCCAACAUCACAGUGCCAAAGCCCUCCAUCUCCAGGGUUCCCAGCAGCAUGGAAGGCAUCAACCAUGAGCUGGAGAAGGUCUUCAUCAAAGACAACGGAGAGAAGGAGGAGCUGAAGUCUCUGGAGGUUCCGGACGGUCGGCGAGCACCCUUCCCUCCCCAGCAGCGCAGCAGCAGCACCCGCAGCGUGGACACCCAGACUCCCUCAGCCCCCGGUCGCUCCAGCAGCUGCUCCAGCCUGUCGCCCUGCCCCUCGCCCGCCCACCCACAGGGAUCCAACGACGGCAGCCCCUACUCCACAGAGGAUCUACUCUACGACCGCGAUAAAGACAGUGGAAGCAGCUCACCACUGCCCAAGUUUGCCUCCUCGCCCAAACCCAACAACAGCUACAUGUUCAAGAGAGAGCCACCAGAGGGCUGUGAGAAGAUUAAAGCCUUUGAGGAGAUGAGCAGCUCCAGGCAGUCUGCGUCGGCCUCAGUCCCCCUCUUCUCCUGCCCCGACAAAAACAAGGUCAACUUCAUCCCGACCGGCUCAGCGUUCUGCCCCGUCAAACUCCCCGGCUCCCUGCACCUCACCCCGGCCUCGGAGCCCGAGGAAGACGAGGACAGCGCGGAGGCGGGCGCCAGCUCCGAGCCCCAGGGGGCCACGUCAUUCUACGGCGCCCCCACUCAGGUCUCCACGAGCACCAGCACAGACGACCCACCGGAGGAGCCCGGCUCGCCCUCAGAGACUGCAGACCCCCGGACAGACAGCCCGGCCAUCAGCUAGACUUGAGCAGAGCUGGCCUCUGGCUCCAGGAUUCACGCUAGCAACCACCAACCAUCACCACUGACUGUCCCACCAACACCUCCCUCUGCUCUGCCAGGGGAGCCUCCGUCUCUCUGUGCUGACCCCCUCCAACCCUCCCCUUCUAUCUCUGCAUGACGUAGCAACAAUGUCCCGAAUAACCACCACCGCCACCACAAAGACUCGCCACUUAAUGUUCUGUCCUGCAUAAUGUCUGAGCUGUUGCUGGCAGGGGAGGACCUGAUGGUUAAAGGUUAUCAUAUGCAGGCAUCGGAGGGAAGAAUGGAGCACUAUGGAUGGGGGGAGGGGCAUGCAUUUUAAACUGGUAGUAUAUUUCUGAUUAAGUUAUGUGUUGUGUUCUGUUUCAACAUUCACAGUAUGAAUAAGCUCUC